AUGGAUGACACCAACGAAGAAGAAUUUAUUUCGACACAGCCUUUAAAUGAAGAUGAUAGAGAUAGAAUAAACAAUUUUUUUAAAAGUGACAUAGAUAGUGACUAUAAUAAUAAAUAUAGUAAAAAUCAUAGUAAUACCAAAAAUAUUAAUAGUAUUAAUAAUAUUAAUAAUAAUAAUAAUAAUAAUAAUAAUAAUAAUAAUAAUAAUAAUAAUAAUAAUAAUAAUAAUAAUAAUAAUAAUAAAAAUAAUAAAUAUGAGGAUCUAAAAAUGAAAGACCCGUAUUAUGAUAAAAAUAAUAAUGAUGAUGAAGAAUUAAUUGAAACACCACCAUUAGAACCGUUAUAUUCAAUACCAUUUACAUUAAUCUCUCAAAAGAAUAGUGACCUAUUUUCAAAUCAUGAAAAGAAUAAAAUCAUUGGUUUAAAUUCGAUAUCCUCUAAAUUUGAUGAAUUUAAUUCAGUUUCACCAGAGAAAUUAAAAGAAUUUGAAAUUGAUAUUCCAAUAAAUAAUAUAAACACAUCUCCUAAAAAUAGUAAUAACAAUAAUAAUAAUAAUAAUAAUAAUAAUAAUAAUAAUAAUAAUAAUAAUAAUAAUAAUAAUAAUAAUAAUAAUAAUAAUAAUAAUAAUAAUAAUAAUAAUAAUAACAAUAUUUCACCCAAAAAUUUAUUAAUUACAAAAAUCAAUGAUUUAGAUUCAUUUCUAUCGAAUAAUAUAUCAAAUAUACCGAAAAAUGAUACAUCUUUAUCAAAUUCAAAUUCAAACAAAGUUCCACCAAUAAAAAGUUUUAAUAAUAAUAAUAAUAGUAAUAAUAAUGAUAAUAAUUAUAAUAAUCCAGAUAAUGAAAAUAAUUUUAAUUAUAAUAAUACACAUAUAAAUAGAGGAUAUAGUAAUGUGGAUUAUUAUAAUAACUCUGUCGAUUUAUUUGAAUAUCAAUAUUCACAAAAUGAUUAUUUAGCAAUGGUUGAAGAAGAAGAACAAAAUAGUAAAAAUCAAAAAUAA